AUGCUGGAGUACAUUCUACGCUAUUUCGACGAUGGUGCGUGGUUGAGUUCUAAGUGGAUGGGCGACAUGAUGGAUAUGAUGGCAGCCAACGUCUUUGGGAGAUUCAGAGAGUUUGCACUCAUCCGCUCUAUGAAGACAGCAAACAAGAGAGAGUAUAAGUUCCUCGUCACGUCCGCCGAUCAAAAAGUUGUCCCGACUGGGAAUGAUGUCAUUUACAUGAACCAGGAAGCUUUCGAAAGCAAAGCGGCGCGCAUGUGGUAUGAUAAUGUGAGUUUGCAAAGCCGCUACCAUCCUCGUCUUUUCACGCCGAAUGGGAUGCUGACCAGUCGUCAGAACUGCAUCGCACUUAGCUACCUCGAGAUUGGUGUUGAUAGCAAACUCAAGCAUUACACCAUCUGCGAUAGUGAAGCCGAAGACAUGGAGCACUGGAUCCGUGACUUCCGGGCCGCACUGAUCAAACUACAAGUGCUACAAAUUGAAGGAUGGAGAUGGCAAGUUGGACGAUCCCGUCUUCCCGCCGCCCUUCGAUGCAGCGGCAAUGAUUGA